ACGGGCUACGGGCAGUUUCCGGGGCUUAUAGGAGCUGCGGGUGCGCUAGGAGAAGCCAGGAAACAGCGGAUCUUCUCCCUUUUCCUCUCCCCACCUCUUCCGUCAGUGGUAGAGCCGGUGGUGGGCACCUUCGGUCCUCGGCAACACCAAGGCGGAUGUUUCUGUAGACAUAAACUCCCAUUCUCAGCUAGAAGGUCCGUUCCGGGGUGGUGUCGGAGUGAACAGGGUGGGAAUAUAAAGGGAUGUAAAAUGGGGAGGGGUUACGUUAUAAGAGCCUUGCUGGAUCGUCGUGCCAAAUUCUGUUUCCAACCGUAGAUAAGGGGGGAAUACUUCAGGAAAGCCCUCGAGCAAGAUACCAAGGCAAUGGCGUUUUCCAGCAACUCUGAUUCAGAGCACAUGGAUAAGAUGAGUUGAAGUCAGGAAUUUUUUAUUUACCAGGGCUUGUGACUCACCUCCACUCCAUCACCUGGUCUGGCAUAGACGCGUAGGGCAAAAACUUCUCUUUGCAGUGCAUGGACGGAAAGCCAAUGCGCAGGUGUGCCAGUAAUCGAGCAGGCGAAACCGGAAUGGACGUCACAAGCCGCUGCACUCUCGGAGAUCCCAACAAGCUGCCGGAAGGGGUCCCGCAGCCCGCUCGCAUGCCUUACAUCUCGGACAAGCACCCGCGGCAGACGCUGGAGGUCAUCAACCUGCUGCGGAAGCACCGGGAGCUGUGCGAUGUGGUGUUGGUCGUGGGGGCCAAGAAGAUCUACGCCCACCGGGUGAUCCUGUCGGCCUGCAGCCCCUACUUCCGAGCCAUGUUCACAGGGGAGUUGGCGGAGAGUCGGCAGACCGAGGUGGUGAUCAGAGACAUUGACGAAAGGGCCAUGGAGCUGCUGAUUGAUUUUGCAUACACUUCUCAGAUCACGGUUGAAGAGGGGAAUGUCCAGACCUUACUGCCAGCCGCCUGCCUUCUCCAGCUAGCCGAGAUCCAGGAAGCCUGUUGUGAAUUCCUGAAAAGACAGUUGGACCCGUCCAAUUGCCUCGGCAUCCGGGCAUUUGCCGAUACCCACUCCUGCCGGGAACUGCUGAGAAUCGCUGACAAGUUCACGCAGCAUAACUUUCAAGAGGUGAUGGAGAGCGAGGAGUUCAUGCUGCUUCCGGCCAACCAGCUCAUCGACAUCAUCUCCAGCGACGAGCUGAACGUCCGGAGCGAGGAGCAGGUGUUCAACGCCGUGAUGGCUUGGGUGAAAUACAGCAUUCAGGAGAGGCGACCUCAGCUCCCCCAGGUGUUGCAACAUGUCCGGCUGCCUCUGCUCAGUCCAAAAUUCCUGGUGGGCACAGUUGGCUCAGAUCCGCUAAUUAAAAGUGAUGAAGAAUGCAGGGACCUAGUGGAUGAAGCCAAGAACUAUCUGCUGUUGCCCCAAGAGCGGCCACUGAUGCAGGGACCAAGAACUCGUCCACGCAAACCCAUCCGCUGUGGAGAAGUGCUCUUUGCAGUGGGGGGCUGGUGCAGUGGGGAUGCAAUUUCCAGCGUUGAGCGUUACGACCCUCAAACCAAUGAGUGGCGGAUGGUGGCUUCCAUGAGCAAAAGGCGGUGCGGCGUUGGCGUCAGCGUCUUGGACGACCUUCUGUAUGCAGUGGGGGGCCACGAUGGUUCCUCCUAUCUGAACAGCGUGGAACGAUAUGACCCAAAGACGAAUCAGUGGAGCAGUGACGUGGCCCCCACUAGCACCUGCAGGACCAGUGUCGGGGUGGCAGUUCUUGGUGGCUACCUGUAUGCUGUGGGUGGCCAAGACGGCGUCUCCUGCCUCAAUAUUGUUGAAAGGUAUGACCCAAAAGAGAACAAAUGGACUCGAGUGGCUUCCAUGAGUACCAGGCGCCUUGGAGUGGCUGUGGCUGUACUAGGGGGUUUCCUUUAUGCUGUCGGGGGCUCUGAUGGGACAUCUCCUCUGAACACAGUGGAACGCUACAACCCCCAGGAGAACCGUUGGCACACAAUAGCACCCAUGGGUACCCGGCGUAAGCAUCUAGGCUGUGCAGUAUACCAAGACAUGAUAUACGCAGUUGGAGGUAGAGACGAUACUACAGAACUCAGCAGCGCUGAACGCUACAACCCCAGGACCAACCAGUGGUCUCCUGUAGUGGCCAUGACAUCACGCCGUAGUGGGGUUGGUCUUGCUGUGGUGAAUGGACAGCUCAUGGCUGUGGGAGGCUUUGAUGGAACAACGUACUUGAAGACCAUUGAAGUGUUUGAUCCAGAUGCCAACACGUGGAGACUCUACGGAGGAAUGAACUACCGUCGACUUGGCGGUGGCGUAGGAGUUAUCAAAAUGACACAUUGUGAAUCCCAUAUAUGGUAAAACAACCAGUGAGAGGAAUCCCCCCCGUGUUCAUUCCUGUUGAAACUGAUCAACCUGGUGACUUCUGAGCUCUCAGAGGCUCUAGUAAAAGCAAGAUCACACUUAUAUUCUUUGCUGGUGCCUCUUCCUGUGGGAUUCUAAUGGAUGCUGAACACAUUUCCCCCUCCUCUGCUACAGAUACAGAAGACCAUGCUAACUUCUCCAGCAAACAGUCUGGAGCACGCAGUUUUCCUUGUCUGUCUCUUUUCCUCCUUCCAUCCUGGUUUAUUGAAGAAACUGGAAUUUGAUGUCAUUCUAGUAACAAACUAAUAACUCAAAGCGUACUUGAGGUCUGUCAAACACGGGCCCAUUCAGAGGUGGGCAAGGCAUCUGAUCUGAAGGUGAAUGUGUGUCAGUCACAUUCUUCUGUCAUUUAGCCCUCUUGACAGAGGGUUUAGUCACCUGUGUUCACAUCUACUCCCAUCUCAUUGAAAUGAAAAGUAGUUGCAUAAGACCUCAUUCAUUUCCACAAGGUAAGAGAAUGCUACAGGUAGGUUUUGCUUAAAUUAAAUGACCUACAGUGCUAACUGUUUUUUUUUUUUAGCCUUUUCCCAUUUAACUUUUACUGUAUGUUUUUUGGAUACUAUGAAAACCUCAUCUUUUUCAGGUUAAAUUCAAAUGGGUAGAUUCUGACUGUAUUACAUGCAGUUUUCCAGCUGAAGCUAUUUAUAAAUUCUGAUCACUGUCCGGAUUUUUGAAAGCAGAAUGAUAUUUUCCUCAUUGGAAAACUGAACACAAAAGAUUAGAAUACAUGGGAAGAGCAGAAAUGUAACAAACUCAGCACUUAGCUGUGGGGAAGUUUGGCUGCCCGAAACGUUUGACAAGAGCACACUAAUAAUGCUCUUCCUUUCAGGGAAGAUCUUUGCAUCAGUAAUGAGGCUCAUGUUCUGCAUACUUCAUAUCUUGCCAGUUUAGGGAGAACACUCCUGUAAUUAUACCCCAUGAACAUAUACUGUGAUUAAGCAGUUGUUGGGACAGAGAAGCAACAAAGUAUACUUUUAAGAAGCAGUUGACCUUUCUCUUCUGUCAUUUUAAUUCCUGUUUCAGAGCACUUUCUUACCCAUGAAGCGGUAUAUAAUUUUUGGGCUCCGGGGCAUAAUGAUACCUGCCUUAUUACACUUCUGAAAGAAGUGGUUAGAAUUAUAGUAGAAGUAUUUGCCACCUUUUUUUCUGCAGCACAGCUGUCAUUCCCUCAUUCAGUUCAAAGAAUUGCAGCCUUAAACCAUCUCCAAUCAAUUCCCCACCCCCAAAUUUAACUGUAUCACUGUUGUGGCUUGCUUGGAGAGCGAAGGGGCAAAGACUAAAUGCAUAUUAACCAGUCAUUUACGGUGGCCUGCCUGGGCCUUGAUGGGCCAUGAGUUCUCCAGGCAAAAGCAAUGCCAGUUGUUAAGACCUUCCCUAUGUAGCUUUAAAGCCUCCGCAGCUUCAGUGUAUUCGGGUAGAGAGGGUGGAAAAAAACAGUUAACAUAAGUGGCUGUUUGGGGGAAAGCUCAGAGGUGAAAGC